GACGUGGUCUAGUUUACCGUUAGAAUUAUCUGUCCUUAACCAACAUUAAGAAAAUAAAGGAAACAAGGAAACCCUAGUAAACAUUGCUAUGAAGUUCCUUGAACUUGCCGAUUUAGACGCGAUUAAUAACGCGUUGUCAUUUGACGCUGACGAUUGUCGCAUUCAUGGAAAAUGUGAAAUUUACACGACAAAAUCCACCGGUUCUGAUAAAAAAUUAUACAAGGCUAUCGAAACGCGGUGUCAAGAGGAUAUGCUUGCAUUUUCCAGUAGCAAAUCCCCUGAACUUGCUUUCAGCUUGACACAACAGAGCCCUUUUGGACCCCUUGAUCAAUCUUCAUCGCGUCGCACUUUUAUGUACAUAGUAGCUACCUUAAACGCUUCCCACCCUGAUCAUGAUUUUAGUAAUCUUCAGCCUACCGACUUUUACAAAGAACCUUCGCUUUCACGGGUUUUAGAUAGCGUGAAUGCUACCAUCAACGGCAUGGGUCGUGGUAGAAUAAGUGUUAACAAGCUUUGGGAGACACUAGACCGGCAUAUAAACCUAUCCGAAUGUAAUGUAUACUCUUAUACUCCCGACAGCGAUAGCGAUCCUUAUGGAGACGAAGCUCUGAUAUGGAGUAUGUCGUACUUUUUCUUCAACAAGAAUAUGAAGCGUAUGCUCUAUUUUUCACUUCAUGGUCUUGGGAAAGAAGGCACGUAUCGGAAUCAAUACGCAAACGAGGAUGAAUCUGUUCUGACGCCGGUUCCAGAGGAUGGUGAACCCAGCGAUUUUGACGACGAUUGGGUCGCCAAUAUGGAUGAGUAAUGUAUUAUUAAUUUCUGCAUUUUUCGUUAAUGUUUUAUUCCCCUGUUUCACGUCCUGACUUCCCUCUUGCUUUCCUUUUUUGAUGAUAGAUUUUUAUAUUAUUUUCCUUUUUGAACCUAGUUUCGUCUUAUUGUUGAAAGACAACGAAUGAAGCAUGUUCCAACCUUUUUUUGCUUAUUUCUUUAUUAUGAAUGCCUUUGUAUAAUAAAAAAAAGGAGGACGUGCUGUGCUUCCCGAUUAAUUAUAAACUGCUCUUUCUUCUCACUGUAAUAUAUACAAAAGGAAGAAUCCUUAAUUCUUAAUUUAUUGGUUUUUGAUCGCCUGAAAUGUUCAAUACAUGUAAUACUUUUUCUGAUGAGGUUACAAAAGAAACCAUCCCAUAGCUCUAAUGAUCAUUACUUUUACAUUCGUUUCAAUGUUCAUGGCUGAAGCCAAUGUUUCUCUUACGGGGGAGUAUUCGUCAAUCAUGAUCAUAAGGAAAGAAUCAGUAAUAUCUUUCCUCUUUUUAUGGUUCCUUACUAGUCCUUUUGAUGGUUUGUCUACGUUCAUGACCUUUGUUGUUUGUGCUAAAAAUUAGGUACAUAUAAUGAAUGCACAGAACUUCAAUUUCUUUGCAAACUUGGUUACUUGUAAUUUAAUAAUUCCAUUUUUUCAUGAAGCUAAAUUGAAAAUGACUUUAGAAAUUUAGCGUAGAACUUUAUCCUAGAUGACAAGUUUAAUGGAUGAUAUAUCUUAUUCUAAGAAUACUACGAAAAGAACCACUUGUUUUGUCACCUUUUACAAGAAAUUCUGUUAAUACAGAUCAGAUUUAAGAAUAGGAUAUAUCAACUCUCGUUUUUCCCUUUCACUUCUUUCUUUAAACGUCUUUUUGAGAGUAGAAAUGCUUUGGAAUCUCAUGGUUUUAGGGCACAUGCAUCGUAUAAGAUGAGUAGCGUUUACGAUUAAUCAUAUGAGACUUUCCCCAAGACAACAUAAAGAAAGAUAAAGGUUUCUUCUCACUCUGGAAAAACAUAAAAAAUAAAGAAAAAAAAAAAAAAAAUUAGGGCCAUCAGACAUUGGAUUUCUACCUUUCGUAUUCGGUUGUUCAUCCUACCUUUAAACAAUAAUUACACGUAUUCCUACAC